AGCAGACUCUCUGAGUUCAGUUCUCUCCCAUCACUCCCAACUCCACUUUAACUGCUCUCUUUCCCCAAUUUGUCUCUUUGUUUUUUUCUAUCUCGAAAAUUUUCCCUCAACAUUCCAGGAAAAUCGAACUGCGACUUCGCUUUAGAUUGCUCUCUCUGUUCGCAAAUGGACGCUUUGCACUUCGAUAAUGUGAAGGCGGAGAAGGCAAAAGCUAUGUUAAGGUACAAUCGCCUCCGAACCAUAGCUAAAUUGUUUCGCCUCCUCGAGAUAUUCCUCGCUCUUUUGUUUCUCUCCUGGAUUUCGGCUCGAUUUCCUUUCGCAGUCAAAAUCUCCGGCGAGUAUUUCCGACGACUGAUCGCAAUCGUCGUUAGUCCUCUCUUCAUCUUCAUAAUCAGCAACGUCAUCGUCAUCACUCUCCUAGCCAAGUCCGGUCAGUUAUCAGGCAAAACUCCGGCGAUCAACAAUGCCGAAACCGAUCUCUACGAUGAACUCAUCAAGAACAUCGGGAACGAAAUCAACUACGGGCCGGAAUAUUGUCCUCCGGUGCCGGAAUUGAAGGAGAUCGUCUACGAGGAGAAACAGAUCGUCUCUGAAUUGAUCGCUGAAACGGUCUCGUAUGCGAAAGUUCUUCGGAGGAGUCAGUCUGAAAUGCUGAAGAGAGAGAAUUCGAAGAAGAAUUGCGGAAAGCUCCGGCGGUCGGAGACCGAGAAAUGCAGGAGAGUUGAGGAUUCCGGCGAGGUUCCACCGGAGACGGUGAAUUUAUCGGAGGAAUUGAGUAAUGAGGAAUUCAAUCGCACCGUAGAAGAGUUCAUUGCCAAGCAAGUCAAGUUUCAUCAAGAGGAGAAGCUCGCUAUUGUCACCUGUUAGAAAAAAAUUUAAAAUAAAAAUAAAAAUAAAAAGGAGAAGAGAGAAGUAAAGACCUGAUUUUCAUUAUUGUAAAUUACUUCUUAUAUGAAGGUAAUUUCUCUGAUGUUAAUGCCAUGUACAUAUGGUUCAUUAGAAAUAUCACGAAAAUAGUUUAUUAGCAUCA